GUCACGCUUUGCUUCUUCACAGCGCUCACUUCACUCACCCUUUCCUCUCUCUAUAUACUACAAUUCUGCCUUCUCUUAUGAAUUUCUGUGUCUCUUCGUUUCAAAUUCAAUUCAAUGACUCUCAUGACUCCUCCGCCAUUGAAUCAGCAACAGGAACAGGAAGAGAUGUUGGUUCCUCACUCUGACUUGCCCCAAGGUCCUCAACCUAUGGAAGCAGCAGCCCAAGCAGAAAACACAACUACUGCAGAUGCUCCAACAGUGGAUGAUACACCAUCUGCGAGAUUCACUUGGACCAUUGACAAUUUUUCGAGGAUGCCCAAAAAAGUCUAUUCUGACAUAUUCUGUGUAGGGGGCUACAAGUGGCGGAUAUUAAUAUUUCCAAGGGGGAACAGUGUUGACCAUCUGUCGAUGUAUGUCGAUGUUGCUGAUUCAGCUACACUACCUUAUGGUUGGAGUAGAUAUGCCCAGUUCAACUUGACUGUUGUUAAUCAAAUUCAUAGUAAAUAUUCAUACAGAAAAGAAUCACAACACCAGUUCAAUGCACGGGAGAGUGAUUGGGGUUUCGUUAAUUUCAUGCCACUUGCUGAAUUGUACGAUCCUGCUAGAGGUUAUCUUGUAAAUGAUACAUGCAUAGUUGAGGCCGACAUUGCUGUGCGUAAAGAUAUUAAUUACUGGUCACAUGACUCAAAAAAGGAAACUGGUUAUGUUGGACUGAAAAACCAAGGAGCUACUUGUUACAUGAAUUCUCUGCUUCAAACAUUGUACCACAUUUCUUAUUUCAGAAAGGCUGUGUACCAUAUGCCCACAACUGAAAAUGAUAUGCCAUCAGGGAGCAUCCCUCUGGCAUUACAAAGUUUGUUUUACAAAUUGCAGUAUAGUGACACUAGUGUAGCUACGAAAGAGUUAACCAAGUCUUUUGGAUGGGAUACAUAUGAUUCAUUCAUGCAGCAUGAUGUCCAAGAACUUAAUAGGGUUCUUUGUGAAAAGCUAGAAGACAAAAUGAAGGGAACUGUUGUUGAAGGCGCUAUACAAAAAUUGUUUGAAGGCCACCAUAUGAACUAUAUUGAAUGCAUCAAUGUGGACUAUAAAUCAACAAGAAAAGAAUCAUUUUAUGAUCUUCAGCUGGAUGUCAAAGGCUGUAAGGAUGUGUAUGCUUCUUUUGAUAAGUAUGUAGAAGUGGAACGACUUGAGGGUGAUAACAAGUAUCAUGCUGAGCACUAUGGUUUACAGGAUGCUAGGAAGGGUGUGUUGUUCAUUGAUUUCCCACCUGUUCUUCAGCUUCAAUUAAAACGGUUUGAGUAUGAUUUUGCACGAGACACUAUGGUAAAGAUCAAUGACCGAUAUGAGUUCCCCUUGCAACUAGAUCUUGAUAGGGAUAAUGGCAAGUAUCUAUCUCCUGAAGCAGACAGAAGUAUUCGCAAUCUUUACACACUUCACAGUGUUUUGGUUCACAGUAGUGGGGUGCAUGGUGGACACUACUAUGCUUAUAUCAGGCCAACACUAUCAAAUCAGUGGUUUAAAUUUGAGGAUGAACGAGUAACAAAAGAAGAUACAAAGAGGGCUUUAGAAGAACAGUACGGUGGUGAAGAAGAGUUACCUCAUUCAAAUCCUGGGUUCAACAACUCUCCUUUUAAAUUUACAAAAUACUCAAAUGCAUAUAUGCUUGUUUAUAUACGUGAAAGUGACAAGGAUAACAUAAUUUGUAAUGUGGACGAGAAGGACAUUGCUGAACACCUUAGAAUAAGAUUAAGGAAAGAACAUGAAGAAAAGGAGAUGAAGAGGAAGGAGAAGGCUGAGGCUCACUUGUACACUAUCAUAAAGGUUGCUCGUGAUGAAGAUCUGCUUGACCAGAUCGGAAAAGACAUAUUCUUCGAUCUUGUGGAUCAUGAUAAAGUGCAAAGUUUUCGUAUUCAAAAACAAAUGCCUUUGACUGUUUUCAAGGAAGAAAUUGCCAAAGAGUUUGGUAUACCCAUCCAGUAUCAACGUUUUUGGUUGUGGGCAAAGCGCCAAAACCACACAUACAGGCCAAAUAAAGCACUGACACCUCAGGAAGAAGAACAAUCAGUUGGAUUGCUAAGAGAAGUGUCCAAUAAAGCAAAUAAUGUGGAGCUGAAGUUAUUUUUGGAAAUAGAAAUGGGGCAGGAUAUGCAGCCAAUUCCUCCUCCUGAGAAAUCAAAAGAGAAUCUCUUGCUUUUCUUUAAAAUUUAUGAACCUUCAAAUGAGAAGCUUCGGUAUGCUGGGCGGCUUUUUGUGAUGAGUAGCGGGAAGCCAGUAGAUAUAUUGGUAAAACUAAAUGAAAUGGCUGGAUAUGCUUCUGAUGAAGAAUUAGAAUUGUUUGAGGAGAUAAAAUUUGAACCUCAUGUCAUGUGUGAACGAGUUGACAAGUUAUCCACUUUCCGUGACAGUCAGCUUGAGGACGGUGAUAUUAUUUGCUUCCAGAAGUCUCCCCAAUCUGGAAGUGGAGAGCAAUAUCGUUAUCCAGAUGUUCCUUCUUUCUUGGAAUAUGUGCAUAACCGUCUGGUUGUUCGCUUUAGGAUUUUGGAGAAACCAAAGGAGGAUGAAUUCAGUCUUGAACUGUCAAAGCUUGACACCUAUGAUGAUGUUGUCGAAAAAGUUGCUCAACAUAUUGGUCUGAAUGAUCCUUCUAAAAUCAGACUCACAUCUCAUAACUGCUACUCCCAGCAACCUAAACCACAGUCUAUCAAGUUCCGUGGAGUGGAACAUUUGUCAGACAUGCUGUUUCACUAUAAUCAGAUUUCUGACAUUCUAUACUAUGAAGUAUUGGAUAUCCCUCUGCCUGAAUUGCAAUGCCUAAAAACUCUUAAAAUUGCUUUCCAUCAUGCUACCAAGGAUGAAGUGGUGAAUCAUACUAUUAGAUUACCGAAGCAUAGUACUGUGUCAGAUGUAAUUAAUGAUCUUAAAUCAAAGGGAGAUUUAUCACAUCCUGAUGCAGAACUUAGAUUGCUUGAAGUUUUCUAUCACAAGAUCUAUAAGAUUUUCCGCAUAACUGAAAAGAUUGAGAGUAUUAAUGAUCAAUAUUGGACGCUAAGAGCUGAAGAGAUUCCUGAAGAAGAGAAAAACCUUGGCCCUCAUGAUCGAUUGAUCCAUGUUUAUCAUUUCUUGAAAGACAAUACUGAAAAUCAGCAAGUUCAGAACUUUGGACAUCCUUUUUUAUUGGCUAUCCACGAGGGUGAGACAUUAGCUGAAGUCAAAUUGCGAAUACAGAAAAAGCUGCAGGUCCCAGAUGAUGAGUUUUCAAAGUGGAACUUUGCAUUUGUGUCAUUUGGUCGUCCUGAGUACCUUCAAGAUAUAGAUAUUGUUUCCACUCGGUUUCAGAGAAGGGAUGUCUACGGUGCAUGGGAGCAAUACCUUGGACUGGAACACACUGACAAUACUCCAAGAAGGUCGUUUGCAGCCAAUCAGAAUCGUCAUGCGUAUGAGAAGCCAGUAAAAAUCAAUGACUAGUAUGUUUCAUCUCAAUGAGUCAAUUUUACAGUACCGUAUGCCAGCUGCACUUGAAGCGUUCUGAAGGUAACAAGGAAAGCAGAGAAGCUGUCUCUGUUGAAAUCCAUAACUUUUUAGCUGAGUGGAUGGGGGUGGGCAUAGCCUUGAAUAGUGAUUUAAACUCGUCUUGAGAGGUCAUUUGGUACAUAACAUGUUGGGGUUGGGUUUUGUAUACAAGGUAUAGUUAACUCUUUUUUGUGACCCACUUUACCAUUGUGGGAUUUUAUCAGAGGAUGGGGGAAAUAUUUAAUAUUUCUGCAGGGGCUAACAUGUAAAUUUUCCUCAUUCCUUUUUUCUCCUAAAUUUUUGUUACCCUACUGAUUAUUAAACAUUUACUUUUCCUUCUAUGUCUCA